UAAUCUAAUCUAACCUAACCUAACCUAAUCUGCGAGAUUAAUUCUUUCGAUAUACGCGCGGCAAUUGGAUUUCUAGCCCAUUGUAAUAAUAAAAACAUCAUUGUCGUGAAUUUCGUAUAUACUUUUGAGAUCAUGGAUGAAUCUGGUAAUACUGAUGACACUAUAAAAGGAGAAUCACGAUGUUUCGUUUGUGACGCCGAAGUUCAGGGCCGCUUUUAUGCCUUAGCUACAUGCAGGACGCAAAAUUCACAGACCAGAGUAAUCGAGAAACUUGGAGAACUGGUCGGCGAGAGAUACAUGGUUGUAAUAUCCGAGGACGAUGUGAUCUGUCGCAGUUGCGCCAUUCUCAUUAACACUCUUGACAGGCUGGAAACGGAAAUGCACAACAUUCGCGAUCAUGUUUUACGAUUUUUAGAACAGAAAUAUUCUCUGGAAGACGGGGAGCUUCGAGGUGGUGGCGAUAAGCCGAAACCAUGUCAGCCACCACAGAUCACAAAAUCUAGCUCAAAAGAGAUUACCGAUUACAGCUGUAAACAGAAUGAGAUUGACCUAGAAACAGAAGGGAGAAAGAUUAGCAUAGAAGAAGAUAGUAAGAUACAGGAAAACUCUCACUCAUGGUUGCAAUGUGACAAGUGCAAAUAUACCACACGUCUCAAUUCUUUCAUGAUGUAUCAUUUGAGAGAUCAUGCCAAGCAGAGAGCAUUCUGUGAUAAAUGUGGAUUAUGUAUUUCUGAGAAUCAGCAGGAUAUAAGACACAGUUGUACCAAGAUAAAUAAAUCAAGAAACAAAGAAAAUGAGAAAGAUAAUUCUGACACUAUUGCCAGGAAUGAUUCAAUGAAGACAUUAUUUUUGGAAAAGACAUUGCAACCAACUUUACCACUUACCCAAACUACACCACCGCCACUGAUAGGUUUAUCAAGUUGUGAUCAUUUAUAUAUUUCCAAUAUACUACCAGCAAAUGAUCCAACAUCUUCCAAGCAGUCAAUGUCCAUUUUGAAGCCAGUAAAUAUGGUUGAUAUUGACAUUUCAAGUAAUAUGACAAAAAGUUCAGAAUCAAAUCCUGUACAAGAAGAAGAAAUAAAAACCAGAAAUGAAAGCAGAAAACAGAUAUUGACUUUAACAGAUGAUGGAACUGUGGAACUGGUGGAAGUACCAUGCUGGAAAGAGACAUAAAUGUUGAAUAUUAACAUGACAUUUCAUUAAUUACUAACUAUGGAUAUUGAAAUUAUUUUGUUAAUGAUUUUUAUAUUUUUUCAUUGUUAUAUUCAUUGUGCAAUUGUCUACAAUACAACCUGAAUGCAAAUUCAGUAUUGUAACAAAUAAGAAAAUUAUAAAAACUCUUUAAUAUUAUAUAUCAAA